CACACACACACACACACACACACACAUACACACACAUACAUAUUUGACUGCUUCAGUAUGGCUCCCCUCCAGUCUCCAGACCAGGUUUUAGCUGAUUACCAAAACGAGGGUCUUUGAGAAUCAACACAACUGAGCCGUGCUGGGUGGAGAGAGAGUUUUUUCUUAACAAAAAGAGGGAAAACAGGGGAAGAAAAGACUCCACUCACAGCUAUCCUUCUGGGACUGAAGACUAGAGACAGAGCCGGCGGUGACCUCACGCACUGCACACCUGAACGCUUUUUUGCACGCGUGUCUUUUCUUCUCGCCUCAGAAAAUAACAGACAUCUUAAACAAGGAUACUAAAUGUUUUCGAAUAAAUGAUCAAGCUUACAUGACUAUCUUGCCUUUGUGAUCAUGCAGUGAAAGUGUUGUAGAUGUUGCCCCCGGGGGAGAAUGUGAAGUGACUAAGGAGAAGUGACGCCCUGCUUGCAUCCAGAUGUUUCAUGUUCCCCCCGCGCGCUCUUUGGAAAGGUCUGAUCCAGAGUAACAAGGGAAAUCUUGAACUCACAGUGUACUAGAGUUGAGCAGACAGUUCAAAAUACGAUGAACAUCACACUUUUUGUUUGAGGUUUGAGGUGUUUGGGUUUUAAUCCAGGAUUUCCUCUCUUUUUUGCGUCUGGAUAAUGGAGAGUGGCAAACUGAGGACGCUCAUGCUGCUGGGGAUACAUUUGCUCUGGGUCUUGGCUCUGCCUGUGCACGGACAUCCUGGUCCAAAUCAUGAGAACGUGAUUGACCUUCUGGCAGCUCUAAACAUGUCCCGUCAAAUAAGCGGUGUGGCCAGACUGCACAGUCCCGGCAACGUGAUGUACAGAAUACGUCCCAGAGCACCCCACCUGACCCUCCCUCGUGAAUAUUCCCAUUUCCUGUACUCCAACCUUCAGGGCAGCAUGGGGGUGCAUUUAGUGGGGCACCAGGCGGUGGGCUCCAGCGCCACCCUUUUUUCUCUCUCCUCUCCGUCCUCACCCAUUCUCCAAAUCAUCUCCUCCACCCUCAAUGACACUCUGCGUUUGGACUACCGGGCUGGAGGAGGAGUUAAGGGCCUUGCCAGCUUUCACUUCCCCAGGAGAAACCCCUUCUCCAGGGAGGACUGGGUACGGUUGGCUGUGAGCCUGGAGCGUUAUAGACUGGCUUUUUUUGUAGACUGUCAAGAAGCGGUGGUUAUACCGAUAAAAAGUGAAGAGAAGAUCUACCUGGAACUGCCUCAAGAUGUCGUUGUCACACUUGCCAGUACACCGGGAAAGAAAGACAGCAAAUUUAGUGGAUAUUUGAAGACAGCUGAGAUUUCCAUGAAAGCAUAUCUAAGGCGCCCGUGGCACUGUGACAACAUUACAGAUGAUCUGUCUCCAUCUCAGUACACAGGCGCCCGUAACCCAAAUUAUCGGACUGACAGCAGUCGAAUGAUGCAGCAGGACGCUUCCACCAGUAAACCUCCAAUAAGCCACAGGCCACAGGACCAAACCAGCCAUUAUCCCCACGACGUCCAGAGUGACCAGCUGCAAAGAGGUGUGGUCCUGGGGCCUCCAGGAUUUCCUAAAGGGGUAAAAUCUGUUUCUCAGGGACAGAAAGAUGACAGGCUGAAGAAGCUGGAGAAGAGGCUGGAGGAGAUGGCUCAUAUGCUGGACAUGGUCAAAGCUCAGAAUGCAGACCUACAGUCACGUGUACAGUACCUGGAGGGAUGUGACUGUGUGAGGCAGCGAUGUGUGUGGGAGGGACGUGAAGUGGAGGAUGGUCAGCGUUGGCAGAUUGACCUCAACAAUGUGUGCAGAUGCACAUCUGGAAAGGUCACAUGUCAAGAUAACACUAAAGGGUGUGAGCCAGAUGGUACAGUUCAUAAUGUGUCCUACAGCACUCUGGAUGGCUGUAAGACUUGUACAUGUAAGGGUGGUAACAGGGAGUGCUCACCCCUGCCCUGCCCUUCACUGGACUGCACACAAAAGGAGACUGUACCAGGAGACUGCUGCCAGCGAUGCAGAGGCUGCAUCCAUUCUGGUAUCCAGUAUGAUCACUUAGCAAAGUGGCGACCAGUAGAGAAUCCCUGUGAUGUCUGCUACUGUUUGGAAGGUCAUGUUCGCUGUGAGAGGGAGCAAUGUCAAACCCCAUGUAAAAACCCAGCUGCUCCUCCACCCAAUACCUGCUGCCCAGUUUGUCAAGGCUGCAGUGUGAAUGGUCAUGACUUUCCUAAUGGAGCUGUGAUCCCCACUGAAGACCGUUGUCAAGAGUGUACAUGUGCAAAUGGAAAUGUGGUAUGUUCAUCCCAUUCUUGCCCUGCCUUGUCUUGUCGAAACCCUGUGCAUCGUGCUGGAGACUGUUGCCCACGGUGUGAGCAGUGUGAAUAUGAGUCCAAGGUGUUUCUGGAUGGACAGAAGUUCCCCUCCAGGAGAGACCCCUGCCUCCACUGCCGCUGCUCUGCAGGUGAAGUGUCUUGUGAGCGUAUGGACGCAUCAUGUCCCACAGUACACUGCAGUCAUCCAGCUAAGCGCAAAGGAGAGUGUUGUCCUACAUGCAAUGAAUGUGAGUAUGACAGAAGAGUGUAUGCUGAUGGAAAAGUGUUCAUCCCUCCUGGGGGCGGACCCUGCCUGCAGUGCAGGUGUAAGGGCGGAAGUGUAAUUUGUCGUGAAGAGAAGUGCCCUCCUGUCCAGUGCUCCAACCCUAUUAUAGACCCACAUCUCUGCUGUCCAAUCUGCAAAGCGUGCGUGUUGGAGGGGGUAGAAUAUGAAGAAGGCUCCAGUUGGCAGCCUGAGGAUCCCUGUUCCAGAUGCAAAUGUGUGAAUGGAAAAAUCUUAUGUACACAAACACAGUGCUCCUCCACCGCCUGUCUGCAUCCCACCAAGAACACUGGCUCCUGUUGUGCAGUGUGUGACAGCUGCACCUAUAACCAUCGUAUUUAUACUAACGGCCAGAGGUUUACCACCCCUGACCAGGCCUGCCACAUCUGCACCUGUCUGCAUGGCACUGUUGCAUGUGAGAGAAAUCCUUGUCCUCUACUCAACUGUACCAACUCAUACACACCGCCUGGAGAGUGCUGCCCUAAAUGCCCAGACUGCUCCUUUGAAAACCGUGUAUUUGUUGAUGGAGAGACUUUUCCUAACCCUGUGAGUGUGUGUGAGGAGUGUAAGUGUGUGAGUGGCAGGAUUGACUGCCACCAUACACAGUGCCCCCAUCCUCGUUGUAACGCGCCUCUGCCUGGAACGUGCUGUCAAAACAACUGCAAUGGCUGCAGCUAUGGUGGGAAGGAGUAUCCCAAUGGUCAGGAGUUUCCCCAUCCUACUGACACAUGCAGGAUAUGCAGCUGCAUAAAUGGAAAUGUCCAGUGUCUGAAGAGGAGGUGUCCACCCCUGCCAUGUUCUAACCCGAAUGUGCUGCCGAGAGACUGCUGCCCCCAGUGUCCCGCUCCCCCAUCAGACUGUGUGUAUGAACAACGAACCUACAGACACACGGAGCGUUUCUACCACCCAACCGACAACUGUCAAUUAUGUACCUGCACCAAUGGGAAGGUUCACUGUCAACGCAAGCCCUGCCCCUCUGCUCAAUGCUCCCACCCAAUCACACAGCCGUGCUGCCGGACCUGUGAAGGCUGCCUGUAUGAGGGUCAAGAGCGAGCUAAUGGGGAGACGUGGGAUGAUGUGUCAGACCCAUGUACUGUGUGUGCGUGUCGUGAGGGCUCUGUCCGGUGUGAGAGAAAGCGCUGUCCACCCUCAAACUGUAAACACCCCGUCCCGAGACAGUGCUGCAUGUCCUGUGAUGGCUGCACAUUUCAUGGUAAAGAAUAUCUUGACGGUACUGAAUUUCGCAAUGACAAAGACCCCUGCGGUGUAUGUUAUUGUAACGGAGGUGAGGUCGUCUGCACCAAAAUACAUUGUUAUGGAGAGUGCAGCCACCCUUACACAACACCUGGACAAUGCUGUGGAGAAUGUGAACGCUGUUUCUAUAACGGUAGAGUCCUCACUAAUGGACAGUCCAUCCCUGACCCAGGGAAUCCCUGCUCUGACUGUACCUGCCAGGCCGGCUCAGUGCGAUGUGUGAAGAAGCCGUGUUCAGCAGCCCGUUGUUCUCACCCGGUCACCAACCCAUGUGGCUGCCCUGUCUGUGAUGGUUGUCAUUUCCAAGGUGUGAAUUAUAUUGAUGGAGUGAUCCUUCCGGGAGGAGAGAAAGACUGCCAAGAAUGCAGAUGCUCAAGAGGUGAAGUGGUGUGUGCACAGCGAAGAUGCCCUGCUGUGUCAUGCCCACACCCGGCACUGGACCGCUGUGCAUGCAGAGUGUGUGAUGGAUGCAUUUUUAGCGGACGAGAUCGUUUCAAUGGAGAACGAUUCCCACACCCUAAAGAUCGCUGUCAGCACUGCUCCUGUCUGAAUGGCGGUGUGGUGUGCGCACAUGCAUCUUGUCCAAGCGUUGCCUGCGUGCGUCCAGUGACCCCUCCAGGGGAGUGCUGCCCCGUCUGCAGAGGGAUUUGUCUGCAUCAGGGAAAAGAGUAUCAGUCCGGCUCGUCCUUCACUUCACCCUCUGACCCCUGCUCCUCAUGCUCCUGUCUUAAUGAGGUGGUGAACUGUCAGAGGAGACCUUGUCCAGUCCAGUGCUCCCAUCCCGUCCCUUCAGAUGCCUGCUGCCCCGUCUGUGAUUGCUGUCUGUAUGAGGGCGUCGUUCACUCUCACAGUCACACCUUCACACCCUCCUCUGACCCCUGCCAGCGCUGCACCUGUGACAGAGGCUCGGUCACCUGCGUUUCCCCGGUCUGCCCACGAACACCCUGUGUCCGACCUGUUACCAAGCCAGGACAGUGCUGUCCUGAGUGCACAGUGUGUAUGUUGGAUGGACAGGAGUACAAUGAAGGGCAGACAUGGACACUGCGUUCAAACCACUGCUACACCUGUACCUGUCAGGCAGGCAAGGUGCAGUGUGCACCUCCUGAGUGUCCCAAGCUGCCCUGUAUGCACCAGGUGAUUGAUCCAGGAGCCUGCUGUCCUCGCUGUAGAGGUUGUGUGUAUGGAGGUGAGGCGCAUACAGAGGCCAGCAGUUGGUUUGCAGACUCCACUCCCUGUAGGACCUGUAUGUGUGUAGACGGGGUAACCACAUGCUCUGAAGUACGCUGUCUAUCUCCCUGUAACAACUUCAUCAACGUGCCCGGGGAGUGCUGCCCCGUGUGUAAUGACUGUGUAUUUGAGGGCAAAGUAUACGGCCCAGGGGAGAGUUUCCAUCCCGCCAAUGACCCCUGUCAAGUCUGCACUUGUGAGGUGAUGCCGGAUGGAAAGCAGCACCUGCGCUGUUACCGAAAGCAGUGUCCCAGUCUGGUUGACUGUCCGAAGAGUAACAUCUUGUUCUCCGGACCAGACUCCUGCUGUCCUGUCUGUGCACAGCCUCUCAGUAACUGCACUUCUGCGCUGAUUGGCAAUGAGUUGUUGGCCACAGACAACCCCUGUUUUACCUGCCAGUGCAAGGACUUGACGUGGACCUGCCUGCACCAAACCUGCCUCCCACUUACUUGCCCUGUUAAUGAACAGUUCACCCCUCCAGACUCGUGCUGCCCUGUGUGUAAAGAAUGUGUGAUUGAGGGUCGGAAUAAACGUGUCGCCAACGGCAGCAGCUGGACAGACAGUGAUGAUGACUGUGUCACAUGCACCUGUAAUUUGGGCUAUAUUGAGUGCAGCAUUAAAGAGUGUUUACCUCUGGAUUGUCUGGAGGGCCAGAAACCAGUGAAGAUUCCCGGGAAAUGCUGCUAUGAAUGCCAAGAGUCAGGGGUGUCGUGUUUGUACCAAGGGACAGUGUAUCAUUCUAAUGAACAGUGGGAGGUGGAUGAGUGCACCAGCUGUACGUGUGUGUCUGGAGAUGUACACUGUCACAGCCAACGCUGCCCUCCCCUCACCUGUGCAACAGAUGAGAUGCCAGCGGUUGUCCCAGGUUUGUGUUGUCCUCAUUGCCUUCCUCGUCCAGCCACCUGCAUUGCCUUUGGUGACCCUCAUUACCGUACCUUUGAUGGCCGCAUGCUGCACUUUCAGGGGGCGUGCACGUAUGUCCUGGCACAGGACUGUGAGGGGGGAGACUUCAGUAUUCAUGCCACUAAUGAUGAUCGUGGGCGUAAAGGAGUAUCCUGGACUAAAGAGGUGACCGUGUUCAAAGGAGAUGUCACGGUGCAGCUACUGCAAGACUGGGUUGUGAAGGUCGAUGAUGAGGUCGUGACUUUGCCAUUCCUCAGAGAACCGUACAUCUACAUAGAACGCCAAACCAACACCAUCUUACUCAAUACUAACAUCGGACUGAAGGUGCUGUGGAAUGGCCGUUCAUACCUGGAAGUGAGUGUGCCAGGCUCCUAUAAAGGCCAGACCUGUGGCCUCUGUGGAAACUUCAACAAUUACCGCCAGGAUGACCUCCGGAUGCCCAGCGGAAGAAUCAGCCCAUCAGAAUCUGGCUUUGGCAACAGCUGGAGGGUCACAAAUGGUAGCCACUCCCUCUCAUCCUGUCGUCCUGGUGAGGAUGUCGACCCCUGUAAGGACGCAGGCUACCAGGCCAAGAAGGGAGCUAAUGGUCGCUGUAAGGUGUUGAAGUCUGCUGUCUUUAAGCCCUGCCAUCGCGUAGUCCCUCCUGAACCGUGGUACGGAGCCUGUGUGUAUGACCUUUGUGCAUGCGGGGCCAAUACUGACGAGUGUCUGUGCGACACACUGGAGGCCUAUGCCAGUCAGUGCAGAAAGGCUGGAGUCAUCCUGCAGUGGAGGAGCCCAUCGCUGUGUGCUGUGGGCUGUCCAGUGGAGAGGGGCUUUGUGUUUGACGAGUGCGGUCCCCCGUGUCCUGUAACCUGCUUUAACGUGGCUGUACCACUGGGGGUGAUAGAGAGCCACUGCUUCAAGCCCUGUGUCCCAGGCUGCCAGUGUCCUGCUGGUCUGGUUUUGCACAACAACUACUGCAUACGUCCAGAAAAGUGCCCCAAGAUCAUACAUGGCAACCCCUCAUAAUGUUUGGACUGUUCAUCUUCAAAUGGAGACUUUUACACACACACAUGCACUGCCACCUGUUUUAUUACUGUAUAAUGAAUAAGUUGGAAACGAAAAAAAUGUCAACUAACGAACCUACAUGACUGAGGAGAAAUACUGCAUUUUUUUGUGUUUUCUAUUAACAUUUUAUAUCUGAAUAUGUGGCACUGAAUAUUUAUACUACACAAGAGUUUGUCAUUGUAAUUUGUUUAAUUUUCACUUAAUUCUUGGUAUCAAAUGAGCAUAUGUUUACUGUACAGGUUCAAUGUCAGCACUGUGCAAUGUCUGACUGUAUAGACAGUAAGCAACAUAAUCUCAGGUACUACUUUUUCCUUCUCCAUUUUACAAAUAAACGUGUCCCAAAUA